AUCAAUGUUAGUUUUAUAAAACCACCAAGAAGACUGCACGUUGCUGAAAAUUUACAUCCUGCGUAAAAGGAUACCGCGGGACCUUGUGUUUGCACGGAGACCAAUGAUGAGUUAUGCUGAAAAGCCAGAGGACAUCACAAAAGAGGAGUGGAUGGACAAAUUAAACAAUGUGCACAUACAGAGGGCGGAUAUGAAUCGACUCAUUAUGAAUUACCUGGUGACAGAGGGCUUCAAAGAGGCAGCGGAAAAGUUUCGGAUGGAGUCCGGGAUCGAACCGAGCGUCGACCUGGAUUCAUUGGAUGAAAGGAUAAAGAUCCGAGAGAUGAUCCUCAAGGGCCAGAUACAGGAGGCCAUCGCACUGAUCAACAGUCUACACCCAGAACUGCUUGAUACCAAUCGAUACCUGUAUUUCCAUCUGCAGCAGCAACAUUUGAUUGAGUUAAUCAGGCUAAGAGAGACUGAGUCAGCGCUUGAAUUCGCUCAGACACAACUUGCGGAGCAGGGGGAGGAGAGCCGAGAGUGCCUGACGGAAAUGGAGCGAACGCUUGCCCUUCUGGCCUUCGACAACCCGGAGGAGUCGCCCUUCGGAGAUCUGCUGAACAUGAUGCAGCGGCAAAAGGUGUGGAGCGAGGUGAACCAGGCCGUGCUGGACUAUGAAAACAGGGAGUCGACACCCAAGCUGGCCAAACUCCUGAAGCUGCUGCUGUGGGCUCAAAAUGAGCUGGACCAGAAGAAGGUGAAGUACCCCAAAAUGACUGACCUCAGCACGGGCACCAUCGAGGACCCCAAGUGAACAGACGAAGCCACGCCCCCGUCCCCGUCUAUUUAUGACCAGUCAGUGACUGUGUGAAAGCCUGAUAACAUAUAUGUAAAAACAGAUGCUACCUUUUCUUUUUUUUUCAUGUUUCAUAUAUGACAGGUAAGACUUAAUGUGCAAUCUGUAAAAUGCUGUAUUUGCAAAGUGACAGAAUUACUCUGUUUUAUCACAGAUCCUGGAUUUUUAGCUAGAUCUCAGCGACGACUAAAUUCAAAUAGCUUUUGUUUAUAUAUAUAUAUAUAUAUAUAUAUAUAUAUAUACACACACAUAUAUACAUAGUCUUUUUAAAGCCUGAACCGGUGGUGUUAUUAUUUGUGACCAUUUCCCCCAGAAAGAUUGAGGUGUGCCUGUGAGAGUGGGUACAUAAUGGCGGUGUUCUGCGUGGGGGGAGGACGAGUGCACUUUUUUUGCCCCAGCCGAGAUGCGAUAAAGCGAAGAGGUGUUCCGAUCGCGAGGCUGGACGGGUUCCGAUUAGAAAUUUCACAAACAAAAAUGUGAAUAU